AUGAAGUCCAUCUUCGUCUCCGCGAUCGUGCUGCUUGCCGGCCAAGCCGCGGCUCAUAUGGCCAUCACCUACCCGCCGCCUCUGCGAUCCAAGCAGAACCCCUUCGCCGGCCAGGACAUCGACUACAGCAUCACCAGCCCUCUGAGUGCUUCUGGCAGCGACUUCCCCUGCAAGGGCACCUUGAACCUCCUCGGAACCGCUGCGGCCUCUCCCGUCGCUACUUGGCAGGCCGGUCAGCAGUACAACAUGACCAUCGCUGGCGGUGCCAACCACAACGGCGGUAGUUGCCAGGCUUCCCUCUCCUUCGACAACGGCAAGACCUUCACAGUCAUCCACAGCUACAUCGGUAACUGCCCUGUCGCAGGCACUUCGUCUCUCACCUUCACCUUGCCUGCCGACACCCCGUCUGCCAAGGACGCCCUCUUCGCCUGGACUUGGUUCAACAAUGUCGGUAACCGAGAGUUCUACAUGAACUGCGCAGUCAUCACCACCACCGGCGGAGGCGGCAGCGCUUCCACUCCCUUCGCCAGCCGUCCCCAGAUCUUCAAGGCCAACAUCGCCAACGGCUGCAGCACUGUCGAGGGAUCCGACGUUCUGUUCCCCAACCCCGGCCCCCCUGGAGACGUCACCAACGCCGGCACCAAGACCGCUGCCCCUGUCGGCACCUGCGACGUCGCUGUUGGUGGUGGCAGCUCUGGAGGUGGUAGCAGCAGCUCUCCCAGCAGCUCUGCCAACGUCGUCGCUCCUGCUCCAUCCGCUCCAGCCGCUUCUCAGGUCUCUCAGCCGAGCUCCCAGUCGACUACUCGCGCUGCUGGAGGCGCCUCGUCAUCUGCUGGACUCCCUGGCGGCGUCUUCCUCACCGUCCCGGCCUCCAGCAACUCUGCCGUUGCCUCUGCCCGACCGACCACACUCGCGACCGUCAGCAUUCCGGCUUCACCCAGCGAAGAGUGCACCGAGGGAUCUGCGGCACCCACCGCCAUGCCUGCUCCCACUUCGGCAGUCGUCCCCUCUGCCGCUCCUUCUGCUGCCCCCUCGGCUGCCCCAUCCGCAGCUCCCUCGCCUGGCGCCGGAUCUGGUGAUGCUGCUGACGGCUCCAUGACUCCCGGCAAAGCUUGCACCCCCGAGGGCCAGUGGAACUGCGUCUCCGGCACUCAUUUCCAGCGUUGUGCCUCUGGACAGUGGUCGGUGCUCAUGAGUAUGGCUCCUGGCACCAAAUGCCAGUCUGGCACAACCGAGGUCCUAGUCUGGCAGAAGAAGAGAGCCCACGGUCGCCGCUCCCUCCGCGCUAGACACCACAUCUAA